GGAAAACAGAUAGGUAAACAAGUGCAGGGCUGCUUCACUUGCUCCGUCACACGGACAACAUACUCACUAAUGAUCUCAACGACAGCCAGCACAGCCGACAUGGUGACACAGGGCAAACUUCAGAUCAGUGACGCAGAGCAUGUCGAAGAUAAAAACUCAGGGAGGCUGGGAUGUUUCGGUUGGCUGUUGGUCCUCGUAUCUCUCCUCUUUAUAAUACCAACCUUCCCAGUCUCAUUUCUUCUGUGUAUUAAGAUAGUGAAGGAGUACGAACGAGCUGUCAUUUUUAGACUUGGCCGGAUCACAGACAGAAAACCUAAAGGGCCAGGACUUUUCUUUGUUCUGCCCUGCACUGAUACCUUUGUGAAAGUCGAUCUGAGAACUGUGUCCUUUGACAUCCCUCCACAAGAGAUCCUAACCAGAGACUCAGUGACAGUGUCUGUGGAUGGUGUAGUGUACUUCCGCAUACACUGCCCCAUCUCAUCUGUGGCCAAUGUGUCUAAUGCACACUCAUCUACACGGCUGCUGGCUCAAACGACCCUGAGGAAUGUACUCGGUACCAAAAACCUUGCAGAACUGCUAUCUGACAGAGAAGGCAUAUCACUCAGUAUGCAGGAAGCUCUGGAUGACGCCACCGAUCCGUGGGGCAUUAAGGUGGAGCGCGUGGAGAUCAAAGAUGUGAAGUUGCCUCAGCAGCUGCAGAGAGCCAUGGCAGCAGAGGCAGAAGCCAGCCGGGAGGCCAGAGCGAAGAUAAUUUCUGCAGAGGGAGAGAUGAACGCUUCCAGGGCUCUGAAAGAAGCCUCUCUGAUCAUUGCUGAGUCACCCUCCGCUCUCCAGCUGCGAUACCUGCAGACCCUCAACACCAUCGCAGGAGAGAAGAACUCUACCAUCAUCUUCCCUCUGCCCAUAGAUCUACUGCAGAAUUUUAUGAGGAAGUAGUGAUAUUCUUGUCAUAUAGUUACUGUUACAAGCUUAUGAGGUAUCUUUUUCAGAUGCUGUAUGGUCUAACAGGCCUAGUGUGUUAACUGCUGAACUGCACUCUGCAUUAUUACUUCUUAUAGAAAGUUGUCCUAUCUAAGAAUGGCAAAAUAUAAAAUAGAAUUAAUAAUUAUUAUAUAUUAUGAUAUAUUCACACCAAAACUGCACACUUAUUUUCUUAUUGUGAUUUAAUACUUAAAUACAAAGUGCAACAUAUACAGUAUAGACAUUAGUGUCUCAUCACUAACCACAAUAUUUUAACCAGCUAAGCUACAGUUGCGGUUCUGGAGGAGGACAAAUAAAUAAAUCAGUCAAUGAAAUGCACAAGAAAUGUAAAACAAAGAACAAUACACGACAACCGUAUAAAGACAUGCUUUCAUAUAAACUCAUCCAGAGCGUGAAUUUCUGAAAUACUGAACACAAUCUUUACAACAGAAGUCCUGUAAACAAUCAACAGAAGUACCGACAUCCACAUGAAACACCAUCCCUCUCCGACAUUGGAUGUAAACUGUAAACAAAACC